UGGCAACGAGCGGGUGGUUGGCGCCGGAGAACUGAGAAGGGGUUCCCGGGAUCACCCAAGUCACCAACUCGAGCAGAGUCGAGCUACAUAUUCUGUCUUCUUAUGGUCAUGUUUGUCUUUAUCGUUGUUCUUCAAAGUCAGUUUCUCAAAGCUGAAAAUUCGCAGUAAGCACUGGCAAAAAACCGACUUCGUAUGAUCGUAUCAGUUGGGUCAGUGGUCAACGGUCACCACGCUGCCUAGAGUUUCUUUCGAACUGAAUUCUCCCUGGCUGUUAAUGAGCGGACUCCUACAGUAGCAUGGAGGACUCCCUCGAGAUGUCCAGGUAUACUGAUGAAGAGUACGAGUUGGCCUGCAGGCAGAGGCUUGAAAGAGAGAGUGUCAUAUAUGAGCGACUCAUCACAUACUUAAGGACCACAAGGCAUGCCCCAGGACUUACAGAUACUGAAAGGAAGCAAGUAUUACAACGGGCAAGGAACUUUCAGUGGAAUGAGCAUGAUCAAAAGCUGUACAAGCUGGACUACGAUAGAAAGUGUUCACGACUUGUGGUGAGGUCUUAUGAGGAUAAUAUGGCCUUGUUACACCAGUAUCAUGGCAGUCCCACUUCAGGGCAUUGUGGGUUGAAUGCUACUUUUGAGAAGAUGUCCCAAGAUUACUAUUGGCGAAACAUGACUCAGGACAUCAAACACUAUAUUGCAACAUGUACAUGUCAACCCUUGAGGAGACAACCCUCAGAAAUGUGCCUUAUGAAGAUAAAGGAGCCUUGGAAACUUACAGGAGUCAACUUGAUGGUGGCAUCAUAGUGGAUGAGUCUUGGAGAGAGGAUACAGAGGAGAGGAAUGACCAGUUGACUGACAAUGGCAGUCCCAACAGCCCUGGAGACAUCUCACAACUUGGUGAA